UUUCUGCCUUCUUAUCGCAGCUCCACUUUUCCCCGUUUCGGAUCUUGCAGCUUUUCGGAUUGCCGAUGUUCCUUCUCGGGCGACUGACUCGUGGUCACUGGUAUGCUGUGUGUGACGAAUAGCUGAAAUGCUGCGCAAACUCUGGCUAUGCAAACUUCCGUAACUGCGAAACAAACGGCUGUCGUAUCCACUCUCUUUCCGGGUCUUUCCUUAAGCCGCAUAUACAAAGGUGAAUAUGUCGCGUGAAAACGGAAAUGUAGCCUUACGUCUUUUCUUUUUUUCAUCUCAUUCAGCUCUGUCUGCUCAGCCAUGGUCGUCAUCUCGGGCCUCCCCGAAUACGAAAGCCAUGAACGCCAACCCAGCGUGUCUCCGGCCAUUCCCCCCUUUGCGGGCAGACUGGGCGGGCCCCAGGAAUACUUUGAUCGUAACGAUCCCCGGAAUUCGAAGCUGUUGAAGAAGGUUCCCGAUGCGGCGCCCAGUAUGCAUCUGUCUGAGGUUUUUGAUCUGCGUGGCUUUAAGAGUAUGGAUUUGUGGAAGUUUGCGGUGUUGGAGUGCAUUGGCAGCAUGAUGAACACCUUCAUCACCUCCUGGGUAACAAUCCACGCCCCCUCCACCCUCGCAGCCCCCAAAACUGAAGCCGGCAUCUACCACACCGUCACCUUCUUCUCCCCCCUCUUCGGCGGCAUCACCAACCUCCUCCUCAUCCCGCUGCUCAUCUACACCUUCUCCCCCUCCAGCGGCGGCCACAUCAGUCCCACCAUCACCAUGGCCACCUUUUUUGCCCGUAUGAUUUCCUUCCCGCGCAUGGUGCUCUAUCUAGCCGGGCAGACGUUCGGCGGUGCGCUCGCUGGCUGGGCCAUGCGGACUGCGUACGGGAGUCGCGAGUUCACCGUCGGCGGGUGCUAUUUCGACACCGACGUCGUGCCGGUGAAAGAUGCCCUGGUGAUUGAGUUUAUGAGUUGUUUGAUUCUCGUGUAUGUGGAGUUUGGGGUUGCGUUGGAUCCGCGCCAGGCGAGGCUGUUUGGCCAUGCGGCGUCGCCGUGGUUGGUGGGCAUUGUGCUGGGGAUUGUCAGUUGGGGGUCGGCGUUUACGAGAGAGGGCUAUAUCGGGGCCAGUGUCAAUCCGGCGCGCUGUUUUGGUGUUUAUGUCGCGACCGGCUUUCCGGGGUAUCAUUGGAUUCAUUGGGUGAGUUUUCUGCUUCAUAUCUUAUAUUGUAUGAGAUGAUGCUAACAUAGUAAUCAGGUUGGUCCGUUGGCUGCUUCUAUCGGACAUGGCUUGAUCUACUAUCUAGAUC